AUGCCGGUGAACAACUUGCCGUUCCUCACCGUCUUCUUCCUUUUUCUCGGUUUACUCCGGUUCGAUUCAAUACCCGGUUUAGAAGCAGCAGCCGGGAAAUUAGCUUCCAUUCCAGGACUGUAUGUGUUCGGAGAUUCCUUGGUUGAUGUCGGAAAUAACAACUACUUACCAUUUUCACUAGCCAAAAGUAAUUAUCCACGUAACGGUGUCGAUUUUCCUAAGAAGAAAGCCACCGGAAGAUUCUGUAACGGCAAAAACUUCGCCGAUGUUCUUGCGGAGAAAUUUGGUUUACCAUUAACGCCGCCCUACCUCUCGCUGAGAGGCUUACUAAAAUGGAAAAAGAGAGAGUCCGCCGCUUUAACAGGUGUUAACUUUGCCUCCGGUGGUGCCGGAAUUUUUGAUGGCUCCAGCCAAUUUCCUGUAAGUUACAUAUAUAUCUGUUGGAGCAAAUGGGAGUACGAGAAUCAAGGAGGUGAUAGAGAUUGAAGUUGGUCAUUAUCGUUUUGUUUUGGUGUUUAUCUUAUCAAGUCUUGCGGCUCAAGUUUGUUAGUCUUUAUCUUAUUAUUAUCAUGAGUUUUUGGAGUUAUCUACUAGAUUUUGUAAGGCUAUAUAAAGCCAUGAGUUUUCUAUGAAUAAGAACGCAGAAAGGUUUU